UGCCACAAAAAAAAUUCAGCUUCUGUGGCUGUGCACAGGUCCCAGAGAUUGUCUUGUGUCCUGAUUGUGGACCUGUAAGACUAUUGCAAAUCAUGUGAUGAAAAGAUCUACUGUUUGGUGAUGUAUCAUCAGACAUACAGUUGGAAAGAAGACGCAUCAUUGUGUCUACCUGUGAAAAGAGAAGCAACCAUUUUGUCUGAGCACCAGUGUGACAAGCUCUACUACCGUCAGAUUGGAGUUUUUGAUGCACAAGGCAGAGAUCACAUCAUGAAAGUACAGUUCUGUGAAUGUGAGCCAGAAGCAGUAACACUAAUAAGAAAUGGCUUAUGGCCAGCAACACCAAAGAAGCCAGGGACCGCAUUUUGCAUGAAAGUGAUGGAGCUAUGCAGAAUGCUACAGUUAGAAGGACAAAUGUCUCUCCAGAAAUUUUGCAUGGCAUUGGAGCGGAGGACAACUUUUCAAAAUAGUCGCAGCAGGGACUACAGAAACAUGUACAAGGCACUGGGUAAACAUGCUAUCAUAUUUUGUCACAGCAUGACUACAGCAACAUGUACAAGAUACUUGCUAAACAUAUCGUCAUAUGUUGUCCAAUAAGUCUAACUUUCAAGAAACUCCUCAGGGUAUAUUGCUUAAUGACUCCAUAGAGAACUGUAUCAGUGCCACUAGACCUGUAGUCAAGUAGUGCGACAGUUUCAUUUGAUGGAUGUAAAUAUAGUUUAAUUAUAAGGAUUAUAAGCCAAUAAUUUCAGUUUACAUUAUUUGGAAACUAUGGAAAGAAUACGUGGAUUGUGAAAAUGGUAUUUUAUGUGUUUGUUUAAUUGUUUAUCGUAGGUAACACAAUUAUAGAAUUUCACCAUCAUCAGGUGUUAUGUCUUGAGACAGCUCAUGCCCAUGACUUCCUGGGCAAGAAGUGCCCAAUAUGUAGUCUGGUAUGUUGUAUGGGUUAAGGAUUAGGCAUUUUAAGAAAUAUUUAAACACAGUUGCUGUAUUCUGCAAACAAAAACACCCACAAAAGUUUAUUACACUUGAUUUGUACAUAAUAUUUUCACAUGGUUGCAAUUUAAGUUUUUGAAAAUAUGCCUAAUCUGUGCACAUCAGUUUCCCGACUUUUUGAUAUAAAGAGAAUUUAUCAACAUUGUCUAAUGCCUACUGAUAAUUUUAGGCCAUGUCUUUCAAAAACAUAUCUUCUAUUUCAUGAGGAAUUAAUAGAUGUGAUUAGUGAUCUUCACUCAGAUAUCGAUUCGAAAUCUGGUGAAGACGAUGAAGAGGAAGAACACUUUUUUCCAUAAGGUGUUGAGCUAUUAUAAUCUAAAUACUUGUUUUGCUAGCCCUUCAGCCAGUAAAUCAAUCAUUCAUUCAUUAUCAUCCUCGUAAUCAUCAUCACUAUAUGUAACGUGUACUAAUGGACUGCCUGCAGGCAAUUUCUUUUCAAUUUCUGGAACGAACGAAUGACUGUUACCUUAUGUGUAUAUGCUUGUAUUAUAUUGCAAGAUGCUGUAUUUUCUAUUUCAUGUAUUUGUGAGACAAAAUAAAUGUUAAAAAUAAAUAAAUAAAUAAAUAAAUAAAAGUUGUUGAGCUAUUAAUUUCUUUAGUCAGUUUACUGAAGGGGACAAUUGAUAUGUUUAUUGAAAUUGUAAAGGUAUUUAAGGGAUGAUAGCAUGUUUAUUUUGUUUUAAAGCAUUGCUACAACCAACAUCAACAAAGGCUUUAUGAAUUCAUUGCUACAUUUUUGAACCAAGAACGGUGUAACCUUCUAAUUCUGUUUUUAGCAAUGUACUUUUUUUUUUUAUAGUAUACAUACAAGACACAUUCACACCGUGCAUCCAGUUUCUUUCACCCACAGAAACAAGCCUUUUAAUAUAUUUUAUAUGCCACUCUGGAGCAAGGCAUGAGCUUAUUCUUAAGUAUAUUGCUGUGGCACAAUAUAUGUCUAGAGACUAUCAUUUGAGAAAAGAAUUGUACAUAACAGUAUACUGCCUUCUCGUAGCUCAUUCUCCUAAAAGUUUGAAGUGAUGGUAGUAAAUAAAACAGGGAAACAAACACAGUUUUUGCUUUGAGGAAAAUUAAGUGAAAAGAAUUUUUACUCGUAUAUCAUGUUAUUUACUUACAACAUAUUCUUACUAAGGAUGUUAUAUAAACAGGUAUGCUUUGUUAUAAAUCUUGAGAAAUCUAUUUUUGUGCUCUGCAAUGGUGGUUACCUGUCAAAGAGGGAGAAAUGGCACAUGGAAAAGGACAUAGUCAAAUGUAUAAAUAUGUACAAAUAUCUAGAUUUGAUUGAUUUCAACAAGACUAUCUGUUUGUUGUGCUAUUGUGGAUGUUUCAUGGAGUGCCCAAAAAAAGUGUCAUUGGGAUAACCAUAUGUUUUUGGCACAUGGUGUGCAUUCACCACUAUUUUCAUGUUUUUUCACAUUUCUUGCAUUUUGUGAUCAUUUAAAGUGACAUUGCUACUAUCCUGUCAUGUCCCUUUUGUCCAGGUGUUAUUAAGUCGGUAAUACAUGCUAUGUUCUUAUGAAAAAGAUACAGGGUAGUGAGAAAGAAAUGUAAACAGUAUUACCAUCUGCUUUCCAGUUAUCCAUGCUGGUAGAAAAUACUGACAAGUUUGUAGUUAAUAAUGUAACUAAUAACUGAAUAUUUGACUCUAUACAGUUCGUCUAGAACUCUAGAUUAUGAUGUAUGUUUUUGCAUUGUAUUGUAUUGUGUAUUGUUUGGAUUCGGCUUGAAAUAUGCGGAAGGCCUUUUCCAUAAAUAAAAUCAAUAAAUUGUUUCUUUCCCGUAUUUUGCAUCUAGCAGGGAGACUUCUGUGGUCAGACAAACACUAUCACUGUAAAUCCACCGCUUGACCAAGCACGAAUAGCUAUUUUACUGUACUUCAUUAAAGUGUAUGUUCAAUAAAUUGAAAAGGGCUUGAAAAAC